AUGCAAAAAACGAUCGCGACCGCGAGCUUGAUAGCCCUGUUCGGCUCAACGUCGACAGUGGCAGCUCAAGGCUCUUCUUCAAAUGCGGUUGUCGUGGAUGGCACCACCUUUGCCCUCAAUGGUGACAACUUUUCGUACCGUUUUCAUGUUCAUAACGAGACCGGUGAUCUUUGGUCAGACCACUUCGGUGCCAGCGUGACAGGAGACAUUCCCUUUGAGAAUGUACCCGCGGUGAACGGCUGGGUUGGGAUGCCUGGUCGAGUCCGUCGGGAGUUUCCUGACCAAGGUCGAGGCGACUUCCGUAUUCCUGCCAUUCGCAUCCGGCAGUCUAAAGGCUAUACGGUCUCUGACCUACAGUACCAAUCGUACGAUGUGAUUCAGGGCAAGCCGGAACUGCCAGGACUACCUGCCACCUUCGGUACAGACAAAGAUGUGACCACCUUGGUCGUUCAUCUUUAUGAUAACUAUAGUGCUGUGGCAGCGGAUUUGUCGUAUUCCGUAUUCCCCAAGUACGACGCAAUCGUCCGCAGUGUGAACGUCACAAAUAAAGGCGAAGGAAAUAUUACGAUCGAAGCGCUGGCCAGCAUGAGUGUCGAUUUCCCUUAUCAAGAUUUGGACAUGAUCAGCUUGAGGGGCGACUGGGCCUGGGAAGCCCACCGUGAACGGCGGAGAGUGGAGUACGGAAUGCAAGGCUUCGGUAGCUCUACAGGAUACUCGUCGCACCUUCACAACCCUUUCCUUGCGCUCGUGGAUCCAACUGCCACUGAAUCCAGUGGCGAGGCCUGGGGGUUCUCGCUAGUGUAUACCGGUUCGUUCUCAGUUGAUGUGGAAAAAGGCUCCCAGGGAUUCACCCGUGCUCUCCUUGGACUCAAUCCGAAUCAACUCUCAUGGAACCUCGGGCCAGGCGAAACACUGACGACGCCAGAAUGUGCCUCUGUCUAUUCCAAGAAUGGCGUGGGUGGCAUGUCUCGUUUGUUCCACGGACUGUAUCGAAACCAUCUUAUCAAGAGCAAAUUCGCUAUGAAAGAUCGCCCCGUACUUCUCAACAGCUGGGAAGGUCUUGGUUUCAACUACAACGAAAGCACUAUCUAUAAUCUUGCUCAAGAAUCGGCGGACUUAGGGAUCAAACUCUUUGUGCUGGAUGAUGGAUGGUUCGGUGACAAGUAUCCUCGUCUGUCUGAUAAUGCCGGUCUAGGAGACUGGGUACCUAAUCCUGACCGGUUUCCCGACGGCCUGGAUCAGGCAGUCACCAGCAUCACGGCUUUGAAAGCUGCAAACGCCUCGACAAACUUGCGCUUUGGUCUUUGGUUUGAGCCCGAGAUGGUCAAUCCUAAUUCCAGCCUCUAUCGCGAGCACCCUGACUGGGCCCUUCAUGCGGGAGCCUACCCUCGCACGGAACGACGCAAUCAGCUAGUUUUGAAUGUAGCCCUUCCCCAGGUGCAAGACUUUAUCAUCAAGUCAGUGUCGAACAUUCUCAGCAGCGCUGAUAUAACCUAUGUCAAGUGGGACAACAAUCGAGGUAUGCACGAAAUGCCCUCGCCGUCCACCGACCACGAGUAUAUGCUGGGAGUGUAUCGAGUAUUCAACAACUUGACUACUCAAUUCCCCGAUGUCCUAUGGGAAGGCUGCGCUUCUGGAGGUGGUCGCUUUGAUCCUGGUGUACUUCAGUACUUCCCCCAGAUUUGGACCUCUGAUGAUACCGAUGCUGUUGAGCGCAUCACCAUUCAGAUGGGAACAUCACUCGUAUAUCCCCCAAGCGCGAUGGGUGCUCACUUGUCUGCUGUCCCGAACCAACAGACUGGUAGGUCCUUACCUGUUGCGUUCCGCGGGCACGUCGCUAUGAUGGGAGGUUCAUUCGGCUUGGAACUGGACCCUGCGGAAAUCCCCGAAGACGACAAGGCUGCUCUCCCUGAUCUCAUCGUACUCGCUGAGAAGGUCAACCCUAUCAUCUUGACCGGAGAUAUGUACCGAUUGAGUCUGCCGGAAGACUCAAACUGGCCCGCCGUUCAGUUCAUCUCUCAGGAUGCGUCACAGGCCGUGCUUUUCUACUUCCAGAUUAAUCCCAACAUCAACCAUGCGCUUCCCUGGAUCAAGCUGCAAGGACUGGAUGCCACUGCUAUGUACAGCAUCGACGGUAACGCUACCUAUUCGGGGUCGGCUUUGAUGAAUGUUGGUUUGCAGUUUGUGUUUGACACAGAUUAUGGUAGUCAAGUGGUCUUCCUUGAGAAGCAGUGA